CAGGCUAUGUCGGGUGUUGUGAAUGUGCGGUGCAGAUAGUUAUUAACUGUAGUGGCGUUUACUAAUAUGUGACAAUGGCGUCUGUCAAAGUAGCAGUGCGGGUUCGUCCCUUCAAUCAAAGGGAGAUUGAUAUGGACGCCAAACUCAUAAUUCAAAUGGAUGGAAAGAAAACAAGAAUUCUGAACUCUAAGAUUGUUAAUGGAAAAGAUGGUGAUUUUGGACGUGAGAGGUACAAGGAUUUCACUUUUGAUUAUUCUUAUUGGUCAUUUGAUUCUUCUGAUGCCCACUACGUUUCUCAGAAAAAGGUCUUCGAAGACUUGGGUACAGAUGUUAUUGAAAGUGCCUUUGAAGGCUAUAAUGCUUGUGUAUUUGCAUAUGGGCAAACAGGCAGUGGAAAAACAUUUACAAUGAUGGGAUCUCCGGAAAACCAAGGACUUAUUCCACGUAUAUGCAAGACAUUGUUUUCACGAAUUCAAGCAGGAAAGGAGCAGGGUACCAGCUAUCGAACUGAAGUUUCGUACCUUGAGAUUUAUAAUGAACGGGUUAAGGACUUGCUAAGGAAGGAUGCUACGCAUACUCUCCGUGUUCGUGAACAUCCUAAGCUUGGACCAUACGUUCAGGACCUUUCACGACAUUUUGUGUCAGAUUAUUCAGACAUUCAGGAGCUUAUGAUGCGAGGUAACAGUCAACGCACAACAGCAUCCACAAACAUGAACGAUGUAAGCAGUCGUAGUCACGCAAUCUUCACCAUCAUGUUUGUUCAAGCAGGGUUUUCAAACAACAUGCCAAGUGAAACUGGUUCUAAAGUUCAUCUUGUUGAUUUAGCUGGGAGUGAGAGAGCUGAUACCAGCGGAGCCACUGGACAACGCCUGAAAGAAGGUGCUCACAUUAACAAAUCACUAGUGACUCUGGGCUCUGUAAUUUCAGCCUUAGCUGAACACUCAUCCAAUGAUUCAAAGUCAACUGGGAGAAAUGUAUUUAUUCCUUACCGUGACUCUGUUCUGACAUGGUUACUUAAAGAUAGUUUAGGUGGAAACUCUAAGACCAUAAUGAUAGCAGCUGUGUCCCCAGCAGACUGCAACUAUGGUGAAACUCUGAGUACAUUACGGUAUGCUAACCGUGCUAAGAAUAUCAUUAAUAAACCAACAAUCAAUGAGGAUCCUCAUGUGAAACUGAUUCGAGAAUUACGGGACGAAAUCACAAAAUUACGUGCUCUUCUUGGAAAUGAAUAUACAACUGAAUCGCAACCACAGGUAUUAGCACAGCUUCACCAAAAAGAAGUACAAGAGAAGGUGCUGACAGAAGAAUGGGCGGAAAAAUGGCGUGAAACACAAAAGAUCCUUCAAGAGCAGAAAGCACUUGGUUUAAGAAAGUCUGGUCUGGGAGUUGUCCUUGAUUCUGAUAUGCCUCAUCUUGUUGGCAUUGAUGAUAAUGUUCUUAGCACAGGUGUCACAUUGUAUCACUUAAAGGAGGGUGAGACAUUAAUUGGUACGGAGGAUGCAUCCACGCAGCAAGAUAUUGUUCUGGAUGGAGUUGGGGUUGAAGCAGAACACUGUAGCGUUCAGCUGAAGGAUGGUGUAGCUACUCUCAUUCCAAAGCAUGCAGCACAGUGCUGGGUCAACACAGUUCUGGUUGACAAACCAACUAGACUGUCGCAGGGUUGUAUCAUUGUUUUGGGGCGUAACAUUAUGUUCCGAUACAACGAUCCAGCAGAAGCAGCUAAGUUACGGAAGGAAGGAAGUCGUUCUCAUCUCAGCUUAUCGUGUCUGUCUUUGCUAAGCCGUUCAACUACAGAGCUUGCUUGGUCAACUGAGAAUCUUAGUGCUUCAACGGAAGAUGGAGAACGGGUUGAGGAACUUGAAAUGCAGAGAGUUACCCUUCAAAAAGAAAAAGAAGCAUUUAAGAAAGAACAGGCUGAACGUGAACAAGACUGGGAGCGUGAGCAGCGACGUAAGAGAGAGGCACUUGAGGCAGCCCAGAAGGCGUUAGAGGAGGAGCGUCAACAAAUGGAGCAGGAUUAUGAACAACAACGUCGGAAGUUGGCAGAAGAUUGGCAGCGGCUAGAACAACACCAACAGGAUGACUUAGCUGUUCUUAAGCAGAAGGAGGCAGAAUUAUGUAGGAAACGUGAAGCCCUAGAAGCAGAGAGAGCAUUUUCAAUGUCUCAGGUUGAGAGUGAAGGUAAAAUUGUGUCAGCUCUUCGGGAAGAACUAAUUCGCCAACGCAGUGAACUGGAGACUGAAGUGAUACGGCUUCUCACAAACUGCUUCACAGAUAACAAUCUAUCAAAGGAUAAGGUGUUGGCAGUUGCACAGAAGCUGUUGGACCAAUGGCCAGAUGCUGAAAGCUCAACUCCUAAUUCUUCCAGCCCUGACUCAUGGGCUAGUUUGGGGAUUGAUUCAUCUGAACCCACUCUGGAGUACGUCAGAGAUCUUGUCAACACUUACCACCAGGAAUUGGGCACUCUUGAAGCAGAACUACAGAAAAGACUGCAGGCAAUGAGUGAACACCAUUCUAGAGUUGAAUCUAUUAACAAUGAGCUUCAAGAAAUGUGCUCAAAGAUGCAGGGAGGAUCAAAAGAAUUUGAAAAAAUGAAGACAUGUUUGGCCCAAAGAACACAGGAGCAGUUACAAGAGAUAAUGCUACGGAAACAGUCAUUAUCACUGGAUCUGAAAAGGGCCACAGUAGUCUCUCCAUCUAUACCUUCUACUGAAGAGACAGUGCUACCCACAUUGUCAAGCUCAGUAGGCACUGGAGACACAUUUCACACAGCAACUUCACCAUGCUCAGAGAAGAAUGACAAUGAGUACCAGCCAGUCAGCAACAACUCCACCAGCUCUUUUGAGCAUGUGUCCCCACUAACUGAGUGUCGUGCAAGCCCAUAUCACAACAACAAGUUGAACAAAAAUGGUAUAAAUUCCGUCUCACAUGGCAUAGGGGCUGUGCAGAUGAUGCAACAGUUGUGUGAACGGAUGGGACAGCAAAAGAUGCUCAUUAUCAGAACACUGGAGGGUGAAAACUGCAGCAAGUCUGAGCUGAAUCAGCAGAUCGCAGUAUUGCAGGAACUGAAGCGGCAAUAUGUUAAACUAGAAAUGGCUCUGGAGCAUCAAACCCAGGGAGACAUCACAGUUAGCAGUGAUGAGUCUGAAGAUCUGUCAACAUCAGCUGAUGACGGGUUAUCUGAGAACUUGAGUGCGAGCUUGAGGAUAGAUACCCACAGUUAUCAGGAAGACAGUCCAAGACGCAGAGCUUCGCAGAACAUACAUAAGAGAAUUCUUCAUGGCCGACUUGGAUCGCCUGUGAGUCCAAUCCUCUAUACUUCAAAUUCUAGUCAGGGAGAUGCAGAUAGUCUUUCUGCUUACAGUCUCAGCAUCCCUUCCCCCAUAUCUGAUGGCUGUGCAAGUUGGGUGCAGAUACCAUCCUACGUUUUGCGAGGUGCUGGAUCCUUCACUCACUACGAGUAUGUGAUUCGCGUUUGUGUGGGUGAGGACAGGUGGACGAUUCUGAGACGUUACAAACGCUUCAGAGAGUUACAUCAGCGUAUGUCUGCAAAAUAUGGACAGAAGGUAGAAGCAUUGCCAUUUCCUCCACGCCGCUUCUUCUCAAAAAAAUCAGAAUCUGUGGCUCGACUGCGUCGUGUCCAAUUGGAGACAUAUCUGCGGCAGCUGCUUGAAGUAUGUUCCACAAUAGAAAGUUGUCCUUUAUUCUCUUGCGUACAGAAUCCAACUCGGCUUGCACUUCUCGAGUUUUCUUCUUUUUUCCGGAAAGGUGUGUUUGAAACAGGGAAGUUUGGCACAAGUUAAUGCCAUUUUGUAAUGGAGAGCUAGCUCUUUCUGGACUAAUGAAGUGUGAUACAUGUUAUUAAGUAAGCAGUGUAAUAAUUUAUUGCAAGCCAGCUACUUAUGCUGCUCUUGUGCAACUGUUAUUUUUCAGAAUUUUGUUCUGAAAGUCUUUACUGGUUUUGUUUGACGACACACUCAGCUGUUUAAUGAGAUGCAUAGCUGAAAAUAGUAUGUAAAUGAAGAAUAAUAUAUGUAAAGAAUGGUUGAGCAUGGAGCUUAGUAUUUUGAUGGCAGAUCAUAUUUCCAUGACAAAAGUGUUUUGUAAUUUUUUAACAGUGUAGUACACACAGAGAAUAGCAAUAUUUAAUUUUUGUUGAUAUUUACUUUUCUACAGUGUUCAGUGAGGUUUCUCAUUUCUUCUCUUCUUUUAAUGAUGCAGACAAGCUCAUAUUUUUAUAAAUCACAGAUGAAUAUGUAAUGGCCUGUAAGGUGCAAACUGCUUAUACCUUUUUACCUUAUUUUAUGGUUUAUCUAAAUAAAGUUUAGUGUAAACAAGCUAUUCUGUAAGUGAUAUGAAAAUACUAUAAUCUGUUUAAUUUCCAAAUGUAUCUGAAUUGAAGAGUGGUAAUCAUGUGAGUCUCUAUAAUAAAAGGAGAUGUUGAAAAAUGUAAGAAGGGAGGAAGAUAAGUGGCUACAAUAUUUUGGAUUUCAUUAUUAUUAUCCUGCAGAUAAAAUUCCUCUGAUUAUGCCAACUGUGAAAUAUUAUACAAGUUGAAGUAAUUGUAGAAACUGUUCAAUUUUAAGAAACUGUGCUCAAUAAUAUUUAGUGUAAAAUUAUUUCUACAAUAUUUUCUU